CAAAAACCAUUAACGGAUAAACAAGUUGACUAGUUUCAGGUUUUUUCCCGGCAUUGUCGUCUCUGGGUUUCGGCCGUCAAUAAACUCACUCUUUGACUUCUUCUUCUUCCACCUUACCUCUUACCUCCCUUCUCCACACUCAACUAAUCAUUGCUCAUCCUACUCAGAAACACAAUCCAAUUCUCCUCUACCCAUAUUAUAUUCUAGCUAGAAUCAACAGAUGGGCAAUCUGUUAAGCUGCAAACCAGGAGAAGAGAGCACAAAUCAUCCUCCGGCGAAAGAUUCGCCGGCGCCGGAUUCAUUCGACAUUUCAGCGGAUUUAAGGUCCUACCUGUCGGCAUGCGAGACGGAUCCGGUCUUCAGAGCCUUCGACUCGACCCUUCAAGACCGCACUACCAGAGCCAUCCACUCCGUCGCGGUCAACCUCGACCGCCGGACUCUCUCUCUCGACUCCCUCCGGGAAGUCACCGCCUGCUUCCAAGAUAUGAAUUACCAAGUGGUCAAUUUCAUACUCGAAAGCAAAAGGGAUGUAUGGAAGGAUCCGGACCUCUUAGAUCUCGUCAAAGAGUAUCUCGAUAAUAGCCGCCACGUCAUGAACUUCUGCACCGCCCUGGAAUCAUGCCUCCACCGUGUCCAUUACAGCCACUCCAUUCUCAAAUUCGCUCUCCAGAAGUUCGAGGAAGAGACGGCCCAGAUCCGUGAUCCUGGGUGUGACCCGACCCAGAUUUACUCCAAGACUCUGGAGCAGCUGAAAUUGUUCAAAGAUGCAGGUAGCCCUUUCACUGAUAAAUUCUUCUCACUAUUCCGAGUAAUUUACGAGAAGCAAGAAUCGAUGUUGAAGAAAUUGAAAGAGAAGAAGAAGAGGCUCGAUAAGAAAUUGCGGAGGAGGAAGUGUUGGAGGAGAAUUUCGAAUGCCAUAUUCGCGACGAUAUUUGUUUCGGCCAUUAUUUGCUCCAUUGUUGCAGCCGCAGUGACAGCACCGCCAGUUGUGGCGGCAUUGGCUGCAGCAUCCUCAGUCCCGCUAGGGAGCGUGGGGAAAUGGAUAAACAAUUUGUGGAAGAAGUACGAGAGCGAAGUGAAGCGUGAAAGGGACAUGGUGGGCGAAAUGGGAGCGUGGAGCGAGUAUGUUGUGAUUCAGGACUUGCAAAACAUCAACGCGUUGGUCGAUAAAUUCGAGAUUGAGAUUGAGGGCUUGUUGUUCACUGCUGAUUUCGCGAUGAUGCAAACGGAUGGAAUCGAGGUGGCAAUGGAGGACAUCAGGAAGAAUGUGGAUGGAUUCAUGGAAACGGCGGGUUUUUUGAAUGUGCACGCCGACGAGUGCCGGAAGCAUAUAAGGAUGGCUCGAGCUGUUAUAUUGCAAAAGAUCAAUGAGCAACCUUCAGGUAGCUCCGGUGGCUCAUCAGGCAGUAGUUUGUUCUUCGGCUAACUCUCUCUGUUGGUCUGUUAAUAAGAAUUCAGCAUAUUCAUAUUCAUAAUGUGGUGAACUGUUGUUUUCACGAUGGUUCAACAGCAAUUUAUAAUGGUGGUUUCCCUUCAUCCUCCUCCUAUUUCGUGCUUAAGGUCGUAUUUAUGUUAACUGUUAAGUUACUAAUACUGCAUACUCACCCCAUACCAAAAUACAAGUUUAUAUGUACGGUUAUAGAUGAUUCAUAUGAUGAAAUUUUAUCUUUAUAA